AUGGAAUGUUAUAAAGUAAAGUGGUUAUGGAUGAUAACCAUAUUGUUGAUCUGUUAUCAAGUUGUUAAUGGAUGUUUAGAGCAAGAAAAGGCUGCUCUUUUGCAGCUCAAAGCUAUCUUCAACAACUCACUUCACCCCGUUGAAACAAAAGUGGACAGCGGGAGGCUGCACGGAGAAUUUCCUACAUGGCUUUUAGAGAACAACCCAAGAUUGGAAAUACUUCUCCUUCAAAAUAAUUCCCUCUACGGUUCUUUCAUAUUACCCUCUCUGACGCAUUCCUAUACAAAAUUGUUGGAUCUAUCAUUUAACAAGUUAUAUGGUCCUAUACCUAAUUGCACGUGGUCAAGCAACAUAGUGUAUCUCUAUUUAAACGACAAUGGAUUCAGUGGCUUCUUCACGGAUGAAUUCCUUAACAGUCUAAUUUUUGUGAAAUUUUUGGAUCUAAGUAGUAAUAAAUUAAGUGGUCAUAUUCCAACUUCAAUCGGGGAUCUCCCUAACCUAGGUAGUCUAAACUUGAAAGGUAAUCAGUUUGAGGGUCGUAUUCCCAUCCAAUUAUGCGACUUGUUGAGCUUGUCUACGUUGGAUCUCUCCAACAAUAAUUUAAAUGGCCCUAUUCCCAAUUGUCUAAGCGAAUUAGGUUUUCAUGGCCUGAUGGGUUUAAACGAGGUUUAUUAUUUGUCUCCGGGUCCAAUACCAAGACAAGAUUUGAUCAAUCCAUUACCACUGACACUUACAUCUACUGUUGAGCAAGUGGAGUUAACGACAAAGAACAUGAAUUACGUUUACAAAGCAGACGCUCUCGUUACAAUGUCCGGAUUAGAUCUUUCGUGCAAUGUACUCACCGGUUGGAUACCACAUGAGCUAGGUAACUUGACAAACCUGCACGCCUUGAAUUUAUCUCAUAAUAGAUUGUGGGGACCUAUACCCGCAAGUCUUUCAGGUCUCUACAGCAUUGAGAGCUUGGAUUUAUCAUCCAACCAUCUCAAUGGAAGCAUCCCGACUACGCUCACCACACUGGACUCUCUACAAGUGUUCAAUGUCAGCUACAACAACCUAUCUGGUAGCAUACCAAAUGGAGUUCACUUCACAACUUUCGAUGCCACCAGUUACCAAGGAAAUCCUUUCCUUUAUGGAUGUCCUUUUUCCAGGAACUGCACUCUAUCUAAUCCGCACUCCAUCACGAAUACAAGUGCAUCCCAAGACAAGGUUGAAGAUAGUGACUGGAUCGACAUGGAAACCUUUUAUGUGACCUUCGUGGUAGCUGGUGUAACUAUGUUCCUUGCAGUUGGGAUAAUUAUGCUGAUUAAUCCUCAUUGGCGGAAUGCAUUGUUUUAUCUAGUCAAAGGAAGCAUCACUUCCAGCUACUACUUCAUUGAGGAUAGUAUGAGAAAGCUAAGGAGAGAAAGACGUGUUUAAUGUGGGUCUUGCUGUUUGGUGUGGUUUGAUCACUUAUGAUGUAAUAAUGUACCUUGCUGUAUUAAUUAACUACGUACGGAUUAUGGUUUAUUACACUAUGCAUUGU